AGGUAGAAGAAACAUACAUAUAUAUCAAAUCGUUCCUUUAUAAAUAGUCACCCAAACUCAAUCAAAUUAACAGAACAAACACAAACUCUUUAAGCCAGAUGUUAAAAAACAAGAAAUCAGACAACUCCUUGUCUCGAGAAACAUUACAAAUCAAAAAAAGAAAAAAAACCACGAUGGCUCAAAAUGAUUCGAACACCACUGUGAAGCUGAUAGGGACAUGGGCAAGCCCAUUCGCUUUAAGGGCUCAAGUGGCUCUACACCUUAAGUCCGUAGAGCACGAGUAUAUCGAAGAAACCGAUGUUUUGAAAGCAAAGAGCGAUCUCCUUAUUAAAUCCAACCCUAUACACAAGAAAGUCCCUGUCCUCAUCCAUGGUGAUAUCUCAAUCUGCGAGUCUCUCAACAUCGUUCAGUACGUGGAUGAAUCGUGGCCGUCCGAUCUUUCUAUCCUCCCUUCACUUCCCUCCGAUCGUGCCUUUGCUCGUUUUUGGGCUCACUUCGUUGACGGAAAGCUGUUUGAAUCGAUCGAUGCGGUGGCGGGAGCCAAAGACGACGCCGCGAGGAUGGCGUUGGCGGGGAAUCUGAUGGAGAAUUUAGCGGCACUUGAAGAGGCGUUUCAAAAGAGUAGCAGAGGCGGAGACUUCUUCGGAGGGGAAAACAUUGGGUUUGUUGAUAUAGCUGUUGGGGCCAUAGCAGGCCCAAUCUCUGUCAUCGAAGCGUUUUCAGGUGUUAAGUUUUUGCGUCCAGACACAACACCGGGCCUGCUUCAUUGGGCUGAGAAAUUCAGGGCCCAUGAAGCUGUGAAACCUUACAUGCCUACCGUUGCCGAGUUUAUCGAGUUUGCCAAAAAGAAAUUCAAUGUUUAAUGAUUACAUUUAUGAUUUUCGUAAAAUGAAAUCUUAUAUGUGUACUGAACUACUCAUAAAUGUGUGGAAAUCUAAUUUAUGUUUUUUUGGUUU